ACUCUCUUACUGGAGUUAAGGGCUACAACCUACCAAGAUUGAACUUUAGUUAACAAAGAAGUAAGUAAGUAACUGUAGGAAAUUUUUGAACUUUGUUUUAAGAGUGUCAUAUGGAAAUAAUAAAGAUAUCCUGCAGAAUAACCUUAGGACAGACAAUAUUUUAUAAUUAUUUUAUUUUUAAAAUUUUAAAUUUUAUUGAAUGCUUUUAUAGCGCUUGUAUCCAUGCUAUUUUAGCAUGCUGAUAGCGCUCUGAUGUCGUGAAAUCUAUUUAAAGAUUUAAAUGUUUCUUAAAUGAUUUUUUAAAAUAAUUUUUAAUUUCCCUCAAAGAUUGAGGCAAAUUGUGCCAUAAUUUUGGCGCUAUAACUUCAAAAGAGCGCACUGCGCAUGACUUUUAUCUGUGUCCAUCCACACUGGCAACUCUCAGUAAGGACCGUGUUCAAGACCGCAGGUUCUUUAAGGAUACGUGUUUAGAAAUCAGUUCUUUAAGAUAUUCAGGUGCAGAGCCUUCUAUACAGCUGCACGCCAGGGGCUGGUUUGUGUGAACCGAUGCCAGUUUUUUAAAUGUUCUUAAAUCCAGUCCAAACUGCGCGUCCUAUAUCUAAUUAAAAAAAUAAAAUAUUAAAAGCAUACUGAACCCAGGAAUGAUUCUUUAUUGCAUCUAGUCCAACCCAGAGGUGGGCAACAUACGGCCCGCGGGCCACAUGCGGCCCGCUGAUACGUUUAUUGCGGCGUGCAAGACAUUCCGUGAACUUGGUUAAUCAUUUCGUAAAAGAAUUCAAAUUAUUGUUAAUGUUUAAAAGCCUAUAAACACUUUAAGAAUAUGAACAAUCAUAGUAAUUUAUUGUCCCUUCUAUUUUCGAGCUAAACUCGGAGUGAGCUUUCGAGUAUACUCUUUAUUCUCUGAAAACUCAAAGUGAGUUCAUUAGCGUUGACGUAAACCUGCUAAAACAGUAUCACGGUAUGAGCUCUGUACUUCAGUGAACGCCAGGGAUAUCACUCUCCGAGGCCAACAACAGCAUUUCAUUUAGUACUUUUCAGGAUUAUUGGGAAACUAGCUAAAGAUGUUUGCAGCUUCACACACAUCUCAUUGAAGAGUUUACACGAGUGUUACUUCAUACUAUUAGAAUGACAUUAUUUCUAUGAACUGGUAACCUAUAGCUAUCAGAUGUUACGACGUUAUCAGAUGUUAAGAUGUUAUCAGACGUUAUGUUAUCUGUUCAUUACAAUCUCAGUAGAAAUAUUUUUAAAAAAAUAUUAGAAAUUGGUUAAUUUUAUUAUUUAGAGCACUAGAUUCGUAUCUUACCUCUGCACAUAACGGCUGCUCGCCCCCUGGGUCUAAUCCGUUGGAUCAUAUUACUGUCAGGUUGAAAAAAAAAUACUUGAGGAUUUGCCGUGAAAUAAAGUGAUUGUUCUAAUAGUCAACCUUUAGGAGAUCAAAGUGAAAUAAAUUACACUUGCCUGCUCUUCAAGAGAACGAAUAGUGACUUAACUUUUUAAAAACAAAUUUCAGCUAAGAACUAAUGACACCUUUCCGAUUUGAGCGCUAGCAGAGUUAGAGCAAACUUUUCUCUCCGAGGGCCAUAUGGAACGACAUCCAGCUUUGAUAAGAUUAUAACAGUUUUAUUAGCAACAUAAGUUUGGUUAACUAGAAAUUUUCUUGUAGAAAAAAAAUCAUAACGACAAAGUUAAGAAAUCGACAUGCCACAUAAAAGAUUGUGUACGUGUACAUCUGUUAAGAGAGGCGUGUUCCUUGAGAUGUUCACGCACUUGUACACAUGUGACAGGAUAACUCAAAUAGAAAAUCUGUUCACAUGUACAAAAGGAGAAAUGAAAAUUGUAUAUGUUUGACAAGUUGAAGGUUUCAUCUCAGAGGAGGUGAUGGUUUCAUGAACAAACUUUCCCUUCCAACAUGAAUGUGACAUAAAGUAAUUGAUAGAUAAGUACAGCCGAGUCUACACCUGAGCUUAUGGCUUGGUUCAGACUUGUCUCUUCAUUUAUAUCAGACUUAUCUUCUCACUUGUCUCAGACUUAUCUUCUCACUUGUCUCAGACUUAUCUUGUCACUUGUCUCAGACUUAUCUUGUCACUUGUCUCAGACUUAUCUUGUCACUUGUCUCAGACUUAUCUUGUCACUUGUCUCAGAUCUAUCUUGUCACUUGUCUCAGACUUAUCUUCUCACUUGUCUCAGAUCUAUCUUGUCACUUGUCUCAGACUUAUCUUCUAAUUUGUCUCCGUCUUGCCUCAUUAUCCUGGUAUCAUCCACUUAUAUUCUCACUUGUCUCAUUACACAUCUCUCAUUAUCCUGGUAUCAUCUACACACCUCCUCACUUGUCUCAUCACCUUGAUAUCACCUACAUAUAUUUACGUGUUAAACCACGUCAACGUCUGAAUCGCUUUCUCUCUGUUUUUUUUUCCAUCAGAUUCAUAAAGAAACGAACGAAGCUAAAAAACCAUGAUUGCCCUAACAACAGCGAGCCUCCUGGUGCUCCUUGCCCUCGCCAACGGACAGUUCACACCCCCAAACUCUGCCCCAGGUAAGAUCAACUUUUGAAAGACAUCACAGGAAAUAUUUAAAUCGUUUUUAUAUCAGAGUUUAUUGUAAACGUAUAUAAUCAUAUAUUUUGACAGAAGGGGUGUGUCCACAGCCUGCUAUAACAGCCACCCCACCCCACCUCUCAAUUGUUUAAGCCAUAGUCACAGUUAUCUGUUUUGUACAUGGUAUACAUAGCUAAAAAUUUUCUUUUUUUUUAAUUGGAAAAAUGGGUAAAAACUUUUUUCCCCCCCCCCCCCCCCAAAAAAAAAAACAUGGACAACCUUUCCCAGCAAUAAUCGUCACGAACUCUAAACACGGUUUUCCAACUUUGGGUACUCGCAGGGGGUGCAAUGUGACAUUUCAAGGGGUGCAAUGUGACAUUUCAAGGGGUGCAAUGUGACAUUUCCAGGGAUGCAAUGUGACAUUUCGGGGGUGCAAUGUGACAUUUUGGGGGUGCAAGGUGACAUUUCAAGGGGUGCAAGGUGACAUUUAAGUGUGUAUAAGGUGACAUUUCGGGGGCGCAAGAUGACAUUUCAAGGGGUGCAAGGUGACAUCUCAGGGGGGCGUGAGAAAAAGGGAUUCUAAGAAAGAAGGAGACAUUAGCUCUUAAGUUACAAGUGUUUAUCUGUUUUGUUUGUAAUAAGGCAAACACGUGUGCUCGUUGACAUUUAAUAAAUCAAUGAUAAGCCCAUGAUAAGCCCAUGAUAAGCCCAUGAUAAGCCCAUGAUAAGCCCAUUGCUUUCUACGUUUAAGUUGCAUUGUCGUUUUCUGCAAGGGGUUGAUGGACGUAGUGGAAAAAUUCGUAAUAGGUGCGAGACUAUAAUAGUCCAAUAAUUCGUAAGGGGUGCAUUGUACAGAAAAGUUUGGGAAACACUGCUCUAAAAUGUAACCCCCCCCCCCCGCGCCUGCUACACCCUUGAUUUUAAAUGGUGCAAGACUUUACUGAGAAAUGAACACGUUACACUAAGGUGGCGGUUCUCAACCUGUGGCUCGCGACCCCUUUAUGGAGGGGGGUCGAACGACCCUUACACAGAAGUAGAGGCCGACCGAAUUUCGGCUUCGGUUUCGGCGCCGAAAGUGGCCAUUUUAUCACUUUCGGCCAAGUUUCGGUUUCGGCCGAAACUGAAAAGUUAACUUUCGGCUUAAUUUCGGUAUCGGCCGAAAGAGAAAAGUUAACUUUCGGUUUUUCUUCGGUUUCGGCCGAUAUUGACUUACACUUUCGGCCAUCCGGCCGAAAGUGACUCAGGUUUUCGGUCAUUUAAUACUCAGCGAAAGCUAUAUUUAACAACAAAAUAAGCGACAUUUAAGAACAAAUUAGGCGAUCUUUGAGAACAAACUAAAUGAUAUUUAACAACAAACUAAACGACAUUUAUGAACAAACUAAACGAUAUUUAAAACAAACUAAGCGAUCUUUAAGAACUAUCUAAGCGAUCUUUAAUAACAAACUAAACGAUCUUAAAGGACAAACUAAACGAUUUUUAAGACCGAAAUAAAUGAUCUUUAAGAUAAAAAGAAAUGAUCUUUAAUAAGAAACUAAAUGAUUUAUAAGAAUAAACUAAGCGAUCUUUAACAGAAAACUAAAUGUUCUUUAGGAACAAACUAAAAGAUCUUUAAGAACAAACUAAUCGAUCUUAAGUGACAAAAUCAAUUAUCUUUAAGAACAAACUAAGCGAUCUUUGUGAAAAACUAAGCGAUCUUUAACAACAAACUAAGUGAUCUUUAAUAACAAACCAGGCCAUCUUUAUGAACAAACUAACCGAUUUUUAAGAAAAAAUAAAGCGAUCAUUAACAAAAACUGGACGAUCUUAAACAACAAAUUAAGCGAUCAAUAACAACCAACUAAACAAUCUUUAAAAACAAAUGAAGCGAUAUUUUAGAACCACAAUUUUUAGAGACCCGGUUUAAAAAAAAAAAUACUUUUCAUUAAUUUUCCCCCCCCCCCCCCCCACCUCAAUUUUUGCCAAAUUUUCUCCUAACAUACUAAUUUAAAAAAAUUGUAACGCAAUUUAAAUUACUUUUAUAUUAAAAUGGUAAAAUCCAAGGUAUUCAAUAGAUCAAGGGUCUCAAACUCAAAUCACCAGGGGGGGGGGCGCAGGAGGUAGUGUCUGAAUGAGAGUGGGCCUCAUCAAGUAAUCCACAAAAAAGCGACUACAACUGUUACAAUCUGCUCAACGUUUAUAAAUAACAAUAAAAUCAUUAAGGGUUCUCAAUAACUAGGAUUUACUUUCAUCCCCCUACUCACUGUUGCAUUAAAAAAUAUAUAGAAACAUUACCAAAAAAAAAAAACCAACAGAAUUAGACUAGUCGGUGAGAUUCGACUGACACCGUCGCGGAGAGUCACGCUAUAGCUAUGAGAAUGGGGGAAACGGGCCGGCGCAUUUACACUAAACUUUUAUGUCAUGUAGCGGGCCGCAAAAUAUCGUCUUGCGGGUCACAAAUGGCUCGCGGGCCGCGAGUUUGAGACCCCUAUAUUAGAUGUUUAUUUAUUAAUAUUCACAAUUAUCUCAUUUUUAUAAAAAGAAUGUAAAUAUUUAUACUUUCCCACAUCAUUUUCGAUGUAUGCAAAAUGUAUGUGGGAACGAAUUUCAAAAUAUCUAAAUAUUUCAUUUUCGGUUUCGGCUUCGGUUUCGGCUUCGGUUUCGGCCGAAAUUCAUUUUUAACUUUCGGCCUUUUUUCGGUUUCGGCAGAAAGUCAUUUUUAAACUUUCGGCCUUUUUUCGGUUUCGGCCGAAAGUCAUUUUAAACUUUCGGCCUAUUUUCGGCUUCGGCCGAAAUCAGAAAAUCACUUUCGGUCGGCCUCUACACAGAAGUCGCCUAAGACCAUCAGAAAACGCAUAUUUAUGAAGUAGUAACGGAAAUAAUUUUAUGCUUCGGGGUCACCACAACACGAGGAACUGUAUUAAAGGGUCGCGGCACUAUGAACGUUGAGAGCCACUGGUUUAAGGCUUUCGUUGUCAUAACCAAAAGAGAAAGCUGCGACCAAUGCUAUAAUAAAAACUGAGACCAAUUCAACAUGUCUUAGUUGAUAGAUGUCGGGACGCUUUAAAAACAUUCAUAAUUGUAAAAAAAAAUGUCUAGCCCAAGGCACUGAGAUGAUGCCACCUUGUAAACUGUAUUGAACCUAUUAAUUGCAUUGUGUUCUAGCCCAACACACUGAGAUGAUGCCACCUUGUAAACUGUAUUGAACCUAUUAAUUGCAUUGUGUUCUAGCCCAAGGCACUGAGAUGAUGCCACCUUGUAAACUGUAUUGAACCUAUUAAUUGCAUUGUGUUCUAGCCCAACACACUGAGAUGAUGCCACCUUGUAAACUGUAUUGAACCUAUUAAUUGCAUUGUGUUCUAGCCCAAGGCACUGAGAUGAUGCCACCUUGUAAACUGUAUUGAACCUAUUAAUUGCAUUGUGUUCUAGCCCAAGGCACUGAGAUGAUGCCACCUUGUAAACUGUAUUGAACCUAUUAAUUGCAUUGUGUUCUAGCCCAAGGCACUGAGAUGAUGCCACCUUGUAAACUGUAUUGAACCUAUUAUUUGCAUUGUGUUCUAGCCCAACACACUGAGAUGAUCCUACCUUGUAAACUGUAUUGAACCUAUUAAUUGCAUUGUGCUCUAGCCCAACACACUGAGAUGAUGCUACCUUGUAAACUGUAUUGAACCUAUUAAUUGCAUUGUGCUCUAGCCCAACACACUGAGAUGAUGCUACCUUGUAAACUGUAUUGAACCUAUUAAUUGCAUUGUGUUCUAGCCCAACACACUGAGAUGAUGCCACCUUGUAAACUGUAUUGAACCUAUUAAUUGCAUUGUGUUCUAGCCCAACACACUGAGAUGAUCCUACCUUGUAAACUGUAUUGAACCUAUUAAUUGCAUUGUGUUCUUUAGGGUGCAACGAUCCCAGCGUCCAGUCCGGCGGCGGCUACUUCGCCCAUCAGACGUACUGUCAACUUUAUUACCAAUGCGACUCCGGACUCAACAGGUACGAGAGGUCCUGUGCACCGGGCACCGUCUUCCACGCCAACAUCAGCGUGUGUGUGAGAGCUGAGCAAGCCGUCUGCAACAACUGUAAGUUAAUGUGCCACCCUUAUGUACACUGCCGACAUUGCUACCCAGACGGCUAGACAUGGCUUCCCAGAUGGCCCAGGAUGGCUACACAGGCAGCUGGUCUUGCUACAAAGACAGCUGACAUUGUUGUCUAUGUGACUGACGUUGCUACCCAGAUGACUGACGUUGCUACCCAGAUGACUGACGUUGCUACCCAGAUGACUGACAUUUGUACACGAACCGCCUUUUAUUUAAACUUGUUAAUAGCCGCCGUCACUAUGAAGAGACAGUUCAAAGAAAGAGAGCUGUUAAAAUCUUUAGAUAGGCCUGGUGAUCUGCUCCAGUCCAUAAGUCAAAAAGUUCUUCUGUUCCUACAUGUAAACUAAACAAUAAUCAUAUCAGUAGAAAAAAAAAAUGUUGUUAAGUCAAACAUUUCAUUAAAAAAAAACCUCAAUGGGUGACUUCAAUCUAAAUAAAUAAAUUGAAUAAAUAAUUAUAUAUGUAUAUAUAUAUAUAUAUAUAUAUAUAUAUAUAACACAACGAAAUUUCCGGUAACUCCUGCGAGGCUUCUGGUGCCAAGCUGUAUCAUCCACAUAUUAUGUUCCCUUGGGCUAAUCCAGGUGCGUGGAGAGUGGCGAUUGGCUAUCUAGGGAACCACUUGAGGAUUUUAAAAAUUCAAUCGAUGACCUCAACUUAAAUAAAUCAAUGUAAAUAAAUAAAUAUACCUAAAGACAAAAAUCACAGGCCUUGUGAUUGACGAAUGCCAAAGUCAAUAUCAAAAAAAAAAAAUCAAUCAAUCAUACUAGCAUAUUAUAGUGAUAUAGACAUUUUUUAAAAGCAUGUAUAGCUUAAUGUUAUUUUUUCAACUCAGCUUAAAAAAAAGGAUAAAAAAGUGUCGACUUGAUAAUUUAAUCCAAUAUUGUUCCCAUAUUUCCCACCAUUCCAGGGCGAUGUGACAGUAGUAACAUCCUCGCCAGAUACCCCGCUCUCUGCUGUGACCAGUACUUGGAGUGUGGAGGGGUGAGCAAUUAUUUGACUGUCUCUCAUUUCAUUCCACCAAAUCUCUUUUCCCACGGUUAAAGAAAUAAUGUUUCCUCUCUCUCAUUGAAAGUCAUCUUCCAGUCCUCUGAGAUGUAGAACUAUUGCAUUGGGGAAAUAACUUUCACCCCGAACACAUCUUUAAACAAACAAUAUUGGUAAAUAUUCGUUACGAAUCAAAAUAAAUUGAAGCUUGUAAGUAAAAUCCCAACAUCGAACAAUCACAAAAUCAAACAAUCAUAAAAUCAAACAAUCAUAAAAUCAAACAAUCACAAAAUCAAACAAUCACAAAAUCAAACAAUCAUAAAAUCAAACAAUUACAACAUCAAAUAAUCCCAACAUCAACGUCAUUAGGGCCCACCCUCGUUGGUUCUAACCAUCAUUAGGCCCCACCACAGUAGGUCCACACCAUCGUUAGGUCCCAUCAUCGUGAGGUCCCACCAUCGUUAGGUCCCAUCAUCGUGAGGUCCCACCAUCGUUAGGUCCCACCAUCAUUAUGCCCCACCACAGUAGGUCACACCAUCAUUAGGUCCCACCAUCGUUAGGCCUCACCAUCGUUAGGUCUCACCAUCAUUAGGCCCCACCAUGGUAGGUCUCACCAUCAUUAGGCCCCACCAUGAUAUGUCCCACCAUCAUUAGGCCUCACCAUCGUUAGGUCUCACCAUCGUUAGGCCUCACCAUCGUUAGGUCUCAACAUCGUAAGGCCUCACCAUCGUUAGGUCUCACCAUCGUUAGACCUCACCAUCGUUAGGUCCCGCCUUAUCCCCUGUUUAUCUUCCAACCAACAGUCAGGCUUCUCUCUAAGAAACUGCAGUGCUGGACAAGUGUUUAACAUGGCAACUGGACAGUGCGGUUCAGGCACAUGCGCUGAUCACCUCCAAUGCUACAGACCAGGAAACUCAAACGGUAAGCCGCGGGAACGUUGUGUCUACUAUCUUAAAACAUGUUACUUUUUCGCCAGCAAUACAAUUAUCCAUUUAGUAUUGUGCGCAUAGGUACUGCCACAUCCCUUGAAAGAGAAGGGAACGAGAGCUCUUGUUUUUUUGAAGUGUUAAAAGCCAGUCAUAGUGACUUGAAGACACUGACCAUUUGUUGCCCAUUCCAGCCGCUGGCUACACGUGCUUUGACGUACCAAACGCGGACGGCAACCCAUGUGUGUACACCACCUUGGACAGGGGGUACAACAUCACCAACCGCCCCUGUGGCGCCGGAACCGCCUUCAACAAGGACACCUGCCAGUGCAGCACGAUGAACAACAACUGCCCAGCCGCUGCACCAUCCUCACUCAACAAGGCCCUCGGUAAGUGGAAAAAAAGGGUGGGGGGAUCUCUGUAUUCUGCUUAGAUUGGACCAAUCAAACAGCAGCAAUAUCUCGGUAUGCUGGUUAGAUUGAACCAAUCAAACAGCAGCGAUAUCUCGGUAUGCUGCUUAAAUUGAACCAAUCAAACAGCAGGGAUAGCUGUGUAUUCUGCGUACAUAGGACCAAUCAAGUAAAAAAUGGUGGUAAAAAAUUUCAAAUAUCUUGACUAUUUUUAAGAAUAUCUAUAACUCAGGCUUAAUUGAAAUGGAUUGGUGUAUAUCCUAAGGAUUGAUGUCUAUCUAAUGGAUUGUUGUAUAUCCUAAGAAUUGAUGUCGAUCUAAUGAAUUGGUGUAUAUCCUAAGGAUUGAUGUCCAUCUAAUGGAUUGUUGUAUAUCCUAAGGAUUGAUGCCUAUCUAAUGGGUUGUUGUAUAUCCUAAGGAUUGAUGUCUAUCUAAUUGAUUGUUGUUAACAUUAAGGAUUGAUGUCUAUCUAAUGAUUGUUGUAUAUCCUAAGGAUUGAUGUCUAUCUAAUGGAUUGGUGUAUUUCCUAAGGAUUGAUGCCUAUCUAAUGGAUUGUUGUAUACUUACUGUUGUUUAUGUUUGACAGAUCCCGCGUGCCGACCUUCCUUCAAUGUGGACUUCAAUGGCUUCCCCAUCGUGGCGACUUCCGAGAAGAUUGGAAGCCCCAACACCCUACCCUACACAUUCCAGACCGUUGGUGUGUCCAUUAGCAACGGCCAAGCCAUUUUGAGGUUCGUAUAAUCAAUUGCCUUUCAGACAGCAAACCUUUGCCCUUUUGAAAAGUCUCCAGGGUCAAAACAUGUCAUUACAUUGUUGUAAUUGAAAUGUCAUUACAUUGUUGUAAUUGAAAUGUCAUUACAUUGUUGUAAUUGAAAUGUCAUUACAUUGUUGUAAUUGAAAUGUCAUUACAUUGUUGUAAUUGAAAUGUCAUUACAUUGUUGUAAUUGAAAUGUCAUUAGACCGUUUUAAUUAAAAUGUCAUUAGACUGUUGCAGUUCAAACUAGAUGUUUCCACACAAAUUAUGUACCAGAUAGGAUAUUUGCUUUCACUGAACAAUCAAUCCAAAAUUCAAUCAGCUGAGCACCAUCUAUCAUUUCAACCAACUGAACACCAUCUAUCAUUUCAACCGAUUGAACACCAUCUAUCAUUUCAACCAAUUGAACACCAUCUAUCAUUUCAACCGAUUGAAUACCAUCUAUCAUUUCAACCAAUUGAACACCACCUAUCAUUUCAACCGAUUGAACACCAUCUAUCAUUUCAACCAAUUGAACACCACCUAUCAUUUCAACCAAGCGGACACCAUCUAUCAUUUCAACCAAUUGAACACCAUCUAUCAUUUCAACCAAUUGAACACCAUCUAUCAUUUCAACCGAUUGAAUACCAUCUAUCAUUUCAACCAAUUGAACACCACCUAUCAUUUCAACCAAGCGGACACCAUCUAUCGUUUCAACCCAUUGAACACCAUCUAUUGUUUCAAUCAAUACAACACCGUCUCUUAUUUCAGACCCGACCCAGCCACCGGUGCCAGCCCUUACAUCUACAAUUACUUCCUCAACAACAACCAGCUCGCCGCACCAGUCGCCUUCAGUGUCGUCUUCAGAGUUGACAGUGGCGCCGUAAGUUGGAAACAUCACGUUGACAUGUCAUCUGUAGAUGUUACAUGUCAUCUGUAGAUGUUACAUGUCAUCUGUAGAUGUUACAUGUCAUCUGUAGAUGUUACAUGUCAUCUGUAAAUGUUACAUGGAAUAUGUAGAUGCUAUAUAUCAUAUGUGGAUGUUAAAUGUCAUAUGUAGAUGUCAUAUGUCAUAUGUAGAUGUUUUAUUUCAUAUGUAGAUGUUAUAUGUCACAUGUAGUAGUUAUAUGUCAUAUGUGGAUUUAUUAUAUGUCAUAUGUAUAUGUUAUAUGUCAUAUGUAGAUGUUAUAUGUCAUAUGUAGAUGUUAUAUGUCAUGUGUGGAUGUUACAUGGAAUACGUCGAUGUUAUAUGUCAUAUGUAGAUGUGACAUGUAAUAUGUAGAUGUUACAUUUGAUAUAUGUAGACGUGCCAUGUAAUAUGUAGAUGUUACAUCGCAUAUGUAAAUGAUUCUUUUUAAGGAACAACGAAAAACUAAGACAAAGAUUCUCAGGUCCGAAAACAAUACAUACAAUGCUAUCAAAUCAAAUUUUCAUUUAUUUUGAUCCAUAAAAAUCAUCAUUUCUUAAAUCAUCUUAUUUUUCUCAUCUUAUGUUAUUUUAUUUUAUCUUAUCGUUUCGUUUCUUAUCUUAUCUUAAUAGAUCAUUUGUCUCUUUGUGUUAAUUAAAACAUUAAGUACAUGAGAGUAACUCUUAUCACUACUUUUUAACAGUUAUUAUGCCCCCUGCCUUUUAGUUGCUUUUUUCUUAUUAUAUAUUUCCCAAGCUAAGCUCAGCUUAUUUAUCAUGUCAGUAGUUCAGAAAUAAAGACUUUUAUUUUGUUUUUUUCCCCUCCAGCCCAACACCCAAUUUGCCCUGCUGACCAACAACUACAACCCCAACCUGUGCACACCAACCUUGGAGGUUUUGGUCGCCUACAGUAAGAGCGUUUCCUGACUUACUUGGAUUAAUAUUGGCAGCCCUCAUCAUAAACUUUAUAGUUAGCUGCCCCCGUCAUAAUCUUUAUGCUAGCUGCCCCAUCGUAAAUUUUAUAUUAACUGUCCCCAUCAUAAAAUUAUGUUAGCUGCCCCAUCAUAAAGUUUUAGGUUAACUUCCCCCAUCAUAAAAUUAUGCUAGCUGCCUCAUCAUAAACAUUAUAUUAGCUGCCCCCAUCAUAAACUUUAACUUAGCCGCCCCAUCAUAAAGUUAUAUAUUAGCUGCCCCAUCAUAAACUUUAUAUUAGCUGCCCCAUCAUAAACUUUAUGUUAUUUGCCCACAUCAUUACCUUAAUUUAAGCUGCUAUCAUCAACCAGGCUUUACAGAUUUUAACUGAAUAGUUAGGAAUAUCUGUUGCGCCACCUGCAAUACAGCUUUAAUGUAUUCAGCAGAUUUUGAAAACAAAACAAAUGCUUUGGGCUCUCACGUGGGACAACCGCUAAAUACCAUCUAUUUUAAAACCAUCUGUUAAAUACCAUCUGAUCAAUACCAUCUGUUAAAUACCAUCUGUUAAUACCAUCUGUUAAAUACCAUCUGUUAAAUACCAAUCUGUUAAAUAUCAUCUGUUAAAUACCAUCUGUUAAAUACCGUCUGUUAAAUACCAUCUGUUAAAUACCAUCUGUUAAAUACCAUCUGUUAAAUACCAUCCCAUCUGUUAAAUACAUCUAAUAAAUACCAUCUGUUCAAUAAUGUUAUUGAAUUUGUGACGUAGAACCACGGCAUGAUCACUUUCGAAACGAGAAGAUCAUGAACAAAUGUUCAAUUUGUGUGUGCGUGUAUAUUGUUGUUGAUGUGAAAAUCCUCCAAUAAGAUUUAUCAUUGCCAUCUUUACACUUUCAGGCGGCAACACCUACCAGUUCACCAUCAAUGCAGUUGGAGCCACCUCCACCAGCGUCAACUCAGAGACUAGAAUAUCAGGCUCCACCCAAGCCAGCAUCAAUGUCGGCGUAAGAUACUUCUUUUCACACAUUAUAUUUUAUGGCUCGAAUGAGCCGAGCUGUGGGUAGUGACCCCUUUGUGACUGAGCCGAGCUGUGGCCAGUGACCUCUUUCUAUAGACGAAGUCCAUCAUCCCAAUGAGUACAUCUAAAUGAACCUAGAGGGAGCUUCUUCGACUGGUUUGUCUGUCUGAAUGGCGCCAGCUAAAUCCCAGACAAAAAGAUUAUUUCUUAAAAUAAGGCAGUUUUUAUUUUGACCUGCCCAUUGGUCACCCACAUCAAUACUUUACCCUGCCCAUUGGUCACCUAUAUCAAUACUUUAAGCACGGUCCUGCUCAUUGGUCGUCCAUCUCAAUACUUUAAAGGCACAUUUAAACACAAAGUAGAAGGCCGUGGCGAAGGCGAUCUGAAUGACCUCUGAAUGGCAUCUGAAUGGCACCUGAAUGGCAUCUGAAUGGCACCUGAAUGUCCAUCUGAAUGGCAUCUGAAUGGCAUCUAAAUGGCAUCUGAAUGACAUCUGAAUGGCAUCUGAAUGGCAUCUGAAUGUCCAUCUGAAUAUCAAUCUGAAUGGCAUCUGAAUGGCAUCUAAAUGGCAUCUGAAUGGCAUCUGAAUGUCCAUCGAGUGCCUAAUCCCCACUGAUGGCUAACUAACACCAAAUUACACUAGCGGUCAAUAGAUAAUAUAUAUAUAAGUGGCCAUCCUGUAUUGCACCACAUCAACACAUCCAGUUUGGGUACCAUCAUUGAUGUCAACAUUCAUUACAAAUGUAUGAGCAAAUAACCAAAUAGACGCAGAUGAGGGUUUUAGACAGAUGUGACCAGGCCAAUGUGGGCAUUAAUCAAAUGUGACCAGACCAAUGUGGGCUUUAGUCAAAUGUGACCAGACCAAUGUGGGCUUUAGUCAAAUGUGACCAGACCAAUGUGGGCUUUAGUCAAAUGUGACCAGACCAAUGUGGGCUUUAGUCAAAUGUGACCAGACCAAUGUGGGCUUUAAUCAAAUGUGACCAGACCAAUGUGGGCUUUAGUCAAAUGUGACCAGACCAAUGUGGGCUUUAAUCAAAUGUGACCAGACCAAUGUGGGCUUUAGUCAAAUGUGUCCAGACCAAUGUGGGCUUUAGUCAAAUGUGACCAGACCAAUGUAGGCUUUAGUCAAAUGUGACCAGACCAAUGUGGGCUUUAAUCAAAUGUGACCAGACCAAUGUGGGCUUUAAUCAAAUGUGACCAGACCAAUUUGGGCUUUAGUCAAAUGUGACCAGACCAAUGGACACAAUAAAAGUACUUUACGAUUGUUUGUUUCUUUGUAACAGUCCGGCAGCUUUGUUGAAGUGAUCGUCACCUACAAUGGCGCCGUCAGUGGUGUGCUCAUUGACAGGGGAAACAGCGGAACCAGCUCAGGAACCACAGUGAACAUUCCAGCCACCAAUAACCUCGGAGGUAAGUUGCCAUCUUACCGUCUUACUGGCUGAACGUGCUGAAUGGAGCAUUAUACUUGUACGAUAGGUCUGCUUUUGUUAACGUCUCAUCAAACUGUAGGUAAGAGCGUAACACACGGUGUAGCCAUGUAGCAAUGUGCUGGUAGCCAAAACUCUUCAGCUUAGAGUCAGCACAUGAAGGUGAACAGAAAUUUGUUUUCCAAAAAAAAAAAGAACAAACAAAGUUGAGGAUGUGGGAAAUAACGGAUAACAUUGUUGAUGAACAAACACGUAUGUCAACACUAUGAACAAACACGUAUGUCAACGCUAUGAACAAUUACGUAUGUCAACGCUAAGAACAAUUACGUGUGUUAACGCUAUGAACAAUUACGUAUUUCAACACUAUUAACAAUUCCCUUUUCAGCUUACCUGGCCGCCAACAAAUGUGGUUUCCAGUGGGGCCGUGGUCUGUUUGGCUCCAUCGACAGGGUAAGUCAAGGUCAAAUCGUGCAAACAUUGCGUACAUAAUUAUGUUGUACACAUGGUACGUAAUAAUAUGCUACACGCGCUUACACUAUAGCCUGUCUAUGCAGAGCGGAGCAGUGAUGUGUUCAAUGUUUUUUGACCGUCUGGCUUCUAAACUAUUAUUUAAACUGUACGUAAAUAAAUCGUCAAGAUGCUUUUCAAUAACUCAUCUUUUCAUUACUAGUGAAGUAAUUAACGGGAAAGAAAGUUUUUUUAAAAAUCAAUUACUUAAAGCGCCAUUUCAACGUCACAUUUUAACACCAUAUUUUAACGCCCCAUUUUAAAACCCUAUUUUUUACACUCCAAAGCAUUUCUCAAAAUACGAUUCCUUCUAAAUAACACACACAACCACGUGCUCUCUUUAGGUCUGACACAGUGCUUUUUAAAGAGAGAGCUAUUAAAAACUUGAACUUGAUUUAUUAACAACAGCACGGUUAAAAUGAAAGAAAAUUAUUUUUAAACGAAACAAUUUAAAAAAAAAAAAAAUUAAGAUUAUCUGACCUUAACUCUUCCCACAACAUUUUCACACGCACUAUUUCAUUGUGUUCCAGGUUCGCAUCUACGAGGGAUGUGGUGACUUUGCCCGCGUCCGUGUUUAAGACGUUAGCCCACAGCUGCGAGGAGUAUCUUAGGACCAGAAGAGGAUUAGACAUGAAAAAAAAAAAUUGAAAUAAAAUUUCAAAUAAAGAAAUAGAACUGCAGC